GGUGAACGCAUUGGGGAACUUGGUGCAUAAGAUUUGCAUGACUCCUCACUCCUUUCCGGACCUGUCCCUGGAUCCCAGCCAGCAUGGCUCACACCACAAAGGUUAACGGCUGUGCCUCAGGGAAAGCAGAGGGUGUUCUGAAUGGAAAUCAUGACAAGGAACAGAAAGAUCCUUAUUUUGUGGAGACCCCCUACGGUUAUCAGCUAGACUUAGAUUUCCUCAAGUACGUGGAUGACAUACAGAAAGGAAACACCAUCAAGAAACUGAACAUCCAGAAGAGGCGGAAGCCAUCUGUGCCAUGCCCGGACAGCAGCGCCGCGCCCGGCCAGCAGGGUGUGUGGACUUCCACUGAAUCCCUCUCCUCCUCCAACAGUGAUGACAACAAGCAGUGCCCCCACUUCCUCCUCGCCAGAAGCCAAGUGACAUCGACACCAACCCCAAGGCCCUCUGCCCCUCUGGAGACCUCGCCCACUUUUCUGACCGUCCCGGAGAGUUGGCAGCUGCCUCCACCCUCACCACAGCUCCCAAAGCACAACCUUCAUGUCACCAAGACCCUGAUGGAGACCCGGAGAAGACUGGAACAGGAGAGAGUCACCAUGCAGGUGGCGCCUGGUGAGUUCCGCAGGCCCAGGCUGGCCAGUUUUGGAGGCCUGGGCUCCACGGGCUCACUGUCCUCCUUCAUGGGUUCUGGAAACCACAAUCCCGCCGUGCACCCACUUCAGAACGGAUACCAAGGCAACGGGGACUACGGUGGCUAUGUCCCAGCUGCUGCCACCACAUCAUCCAUGGGGAGCUCCGUCCGCCACAGCCCCCUGAGCUCAGGGAUCUCCACUCCCGUGACCAACGUGAGCCCCGUGCACCUGCAGCACAUCCGCGAGCAGAUGGCCAUCGCCCUGAAACGCCUGAAGGAGCUCGAGGAGCAGGUGCGAACCAUCCCUGUGCUCCAGGUCAAGAUCUCGGUCCUACAAGAGGAGAAGCGGCAGUUGGCCUCGCAGCUGAAAAACCAGAGAGCUCCAGCGCAGAAUGACAGCGGUGGCGUGAGGCCGCGGUCCUACAGUGCUGGGAACGCGUCGCAGCUGGAGGAGCUGUCCCGGGCCCGGCGGGGCGGCGGGGAGCUGUACAUAGACGACGAGGAGGAGAUGGCGGGCGUGGAGCAGAGCGCGCACAGCAUCCGGGAGUUCCGGCAGCUCGCGGCGGACAUGCGCGCCCUGGAGCAGAAGAUCCGGGACAGCGGCGGCGAGGCGUCCCCGGGGCCCCGGGAGGGCGGCGAGAGCCGCUCCGUGGCCGUGGGAGCUGACGAGCGCAUGGACCACGUGGUCGUGUACCGCAGGGGCCCCGGGGCCUGUCGGGACGCCGCCGUGGGGACCGUCGCGGAGACGAGGAGCUGCGGGGUCGGCGUGACAGAGGCCAUGCUGGGGGUGACCACGGAGGCCGACAAAGAAAUUGAGCUGCAGCAGCAGACCAUAGAGGCCCUGAAGGAGAAGAUCUACCGCCUGGAAGUCCAGCUCAGAGAAACCACCCAUGACCGCGAGAUGACGAAACUCAAGCAGGAGCUGCAGGCCGCCGGCUCGAGGAAGAAGGUGGACAAGGCGGUGACGGCCCAGCCGCGUGUGUGCAGCAAGAUGGUGGAGGCCGUGGUGCCCACGAGGGACCAGACGGUUGGCCGGCACGUGGACGUGGCCGAUGCGGGCGUCGGGACCUCCGUGCAGACGUGCAGCGUGGCGGUCUCCUGCCAGCCCACUUGUGAGACCAGAGCCGCGGGGCCGGAGCUGCCCAUGCAUCGGUGGGUCGUCAAGGAACGGGUGGAGACGCGGGACCAAGGUGCAGGGAGGUCGGUGGAGACCAGUGACCAGAGCGUGGGUGUGGAGAUCAGCGUCUGCGAAACAGGCAGCAACACGGAGGAGUCUGUGAACGACCUCUCGCUCCUCAAGACCAACCUGCAUCUCAAGGAGGUGCGAUCGAUCGGCUGCGGAGAUUGCUCCGUUGACGUGACCGUCCGUCCCCCGAAGGAGUGCACAUCCCGGGGCUUGAGCACGGAGGCUGUGCCCCAGGUGGAGGCCGCUGUCAUGGCGGUGCCUGCGACCACAAGCCGGCACACCGGUACGGUCUGGGAGCAGGUGGACCAGUCCACCAACACCGAGAUGGCCACCCUUGUGGACUCCUGCACCAACACCUCCCUCAGCACUUUGGACAAGCAGACCAGCACUCAGACCGUGGAGACGCGGACCGUGGCCAUCGGAGAAGGCCGUGUUAAGGAUGUCAACUCCUCCGCCAAGAUGCGGUCCGUUGGAGUGGGGACGGUGCUCUCCGGCAGCUCCGGGUUCGACAAGCCGUCGGCUGUGAAGACCAAAGAGUCAGGCGUGGGGCAGAUAAAUAUUCAGGACAAUUACCUGGUUGGUCUCAAGAUGAGGACCAUAGCUUGUGGUCCUCCCCAGUUGACGCUGGGGCUGGCAGCCAGCAGGAGGAGUGUAGGUGUUGGGGAUGAGCCUGUUGGAGAGUCCGCAGAGGACCCCCAGCCCCAGGCUCCUUCUGGAACGAUGAGCGGCUUGGAUCACUACAUCGAGCGCGUCCAGAAGUUGCUGGCGGAGCAGCAGAAGUUGCUGGCUGAGAACUACAGUGAACUGGCGGAAGCUUUCGGGGAGCCGCACUCACAGAUCGGCUCUCUGAACUCGCAGCUCAUCAGCACGCUGUCCUCCAUCAACUCCGUCAUGAAGUCGGCCAGCACGGAGGAGCUGAGGAACUCGGAGCUGCCAAAAAUGAGUCUGGGUCAAGUCACAGGCAGUAGUCUGGAGUACACCUGUAAGUGCGGAGGCCUUCAGGCAGGAGCUCCGUUUCACACCCAGACCUCCCAGCACGAGCAAGCAGUGGGCACCAUGGAAGGGAGACCCCUCAGCGGCCAGGACGCCUUCCCCCCUCAGGAAAGCACGCUGUGCCCGGUGAACCUGACGGACGACCAGAUAGCUGCCAGCCUCUAUGUAUGUACGAACAGUGAAAGCACACUGAAGUCUAUCAUGAAGAAGAAGGACAGCCACAAAGAUUCAAAUGGAGCCAAGAAGAAUCUUCAGUUUGUUGGCAUUAACGGAGGGUAUGAAACAACUUCAAGUGAUGAUUCCAGCUCGGAUGAAAGCUCUUCCUCCGAGUCAGAUGACGAGUGUGAUGUCAGUGAGUACCCUCCUGAGGACGAGGAGGAGGAAGAGGAGGAUGAAGACACUCGGGGAAUGGCGGAAGGGCACCAUGCCGUUAAUGUUGAAGGUUUCAAGUCCGCCAGGGUGGAAGAUGAGAUGCAGGUUCCAGAAUGUGAACCUGAGAAGGUGGAAAUCAGAGAGAGGUAUGAAUUAAGCGAAAAGAUGUUGUCUGCCUGCAACUUGUUGAAAAAUAAUAUAAAUGACCCCAAAGCUUUGACCAGCAAGGAUAUGCGGUUCUGUCUGAACACCCUGCAGCACGAGUGGUUCCGCGUGUCCAGUCAGAAGUCCGCCAGCCCGGCCAUGGUGGGCGACUACAUCGCGGCGUUCCAGGCCGUCUCCCCGGACGUGCUGCGCCACGUCAUCAACAUGGCCGACGGCAACGGCAACACGGCGCUGCACUACAGCGUGUCGCACUCCAACUUCGAGAUCGUCAAGCUGCUCCUGGACGCCGACGUGUGUAACGUGGAUCACCAGAACAAGGCGGGCUACACCCCCAUCAUGUUGGCCGCCCUGGCCGCCGUGGAAGCCGAGAAGGACAUGCGUGUCGUGGAAGAACUCUUUGGUUGCGGUGACGUGAAUGCCAAAGCCAGCCAGGCGGGGCAGACCGCGCUCAUGCUGGCGGUCAGCCACGGGCGGGUCGACAUGGUGAAGGGCCUGCUGGCCUGCGGGGCUGACGUCAACAUCCAGGACGACGAGGGCUCCACGGCGCUCAUGUGCGCCAGCGAGCACGGGCACGUGGAGAUCGUCAAGCUGCUGCUGGCCCAGCCAGGCUGCAAUGGCCACCUGGAGGACAACGAUGGCAGCACUGCACUCUCCAUAGCCCUGGAGGCCGGACACAAGGACAUCGCAGUUCUUCUGUACGCACACGUCAACUUCGCCAAGGCCCAGUCUCCGGGCACCCCUAGGCUGGGAAGGAAGACAUCUCCUAGUCCCACGCACCGAAGUUCAUUUGAUUGAUUCUCUGCAAAAAGCCGUCCAUUUCCAUGCCUCCGGCGAGCUGCUACCUGUUCCUGUUGGGCUGACAGCUACUGAAUGUACGCGCAUUGUGCCUGAGUCCCCAGCACACAGAUGGGAGGGCUGGCGCCUGGA